AUGGAGCUGGAAGACGCUUCCUACAGCUUGGAGAAUGAACAGCAAUUCUGGGUUGAACUAGAGAAGAUAUUAUCGAAGCAAUGUGAUACACAUGCUCUUAUUGACAAUGUCCUUCGCGCUUAUCUUGGGUUCACUGCCCAGUUUAAAAGCGAAUACCUCGUCAACGAAUAUGACAUUUCUCGUUGCUCAUACAAACUCUUCUCGUCGAACCUCUUUGUGCAGCACGCAGAUUACAUUCGAAGACAGAUAAUAUACAGUCUACUACAAGAGGAUGAUCCGAAUAUCCUACAUUUCAUCGUUUCAUUCCUACUAUUUGACGGGCGACAGAAUGACAGCACUUUCCAACUUAUGAAUGAAGAAGGUGCUUUCCCAAGGCUUCUUGAACUCGUGCAUUCCGUUGGCGCUCAAAAUGAUGACGUUGCUGCUCUUCAUCGUCUGCUGAUGGACCUUCUCUAUGAGAUGUCUAGAAUACAGCGCAUCAAGAUAGAGGAUUUGGUGCUCGUUGAAGAUGACUUUGUUAGAUAUCUUUUUCAAAUCAUUGAAGGACUAUCUGAUGAUGUUCACGACCCCUAUCACUAUCCCGUUAUUAGGGUUUUGCUGGUGUUGAACGAGCAGUUCAUGGUGUUGGCGCAUGAUCCAGCUUCUGGAACACCGUCCAAUCCGCUUACGAACAAAGUGAUGAAAAUACUUUCGGUGCAUGGAAACGACUAUAAAACCUUUGGCGAAAACAUAAUUCUGCUACUCAAUCGAGAAGGCGAGACAUCUUUGCAAUUACUUACACUUAAAUUACUCUACCUCAUAUUUACGACCCCAUCUACCUAUGAAUACUUUUACACGAAUGACUUGCGAGUCCUUGUUGACAUAUUAAUACGAAAUCUGUUGGAUCUGCCGGUAGAGGCUGUCGCUUUGCGACACACAUAUCUACGAGUUCUAUACCCCCUUUUAGCACAUACGCAGCUAAAGUAUCCUCCUCAUUACAAACGCGACGAAAUCAGGAGAACUCUCAGCAUCUUGGUCCAUAGCAGGAUUGAAGGAAAUGAGGAUGAUUGUGAAAAGAUCAUGCAUUUCGGCGAAGCUGAUGAAACCACGAAAAGGCUUGUUUCACGGUGUAGCCAGGUGGAAUGGUUACAUGAUACGGAGCCAGAACGGCUUAGCACCCCAGAUCUACCCGAAGAGGAUGGACCAGUGGAUGUGAUAGGCGUUCCCAUCCCCGAUGUACCUCAUGAGAAAAAUGCAGACCUGGCUGGGUCACCAGUGUCACAAAGCUCGGAUGCAACAACGUCGCCUACAAAGCUCGAACCGACAUCUCCUAACACGUCCUUUUCUGUGGACGAAAAGCCUGCAGAGACUCUUGGAAUGCAUCUCAAGCCAGCUGCUUCCUCUAACCUCAGUGUACUAGAAGUAGCAGCCCAGACAGAAGUACCUGGAGUUAUGACUCCAAGUAUCAAAAAUAUGGGGUCAUCUAGUUCGCAUUCUGAGACGGGUCCAAAUGUCAAAGUGAAAUUGGUACCGCAGCCUCCUAAAGCGAGGCGCUCGAGAGCCCAUCAUACUGCAGAGGCACCCCUUGAUAGUCGUGGAAGAUCUGUCUUGGAAAUCCACCACGAGUCGCCACAGGGGGGUCUACCUGUUCCGAAACCAUUAUCUACAUCAAGAUCAACGUCGAGAUCAGCACCGGCUUUGCCUCCACCCCGACGAUCUGUUCACCAUACAUCACCAAACCCAACUACAUCCGAUCACCACGACCAUCAUCCCGCACAUCCCCAAUCUCCUCAUCCUUCCCUACCUAUCAAAUCGAACAUCAAACCCCAACCUCCAAAAGCCCGGCGAUGGCAGAGGCAGCAUGGUGGAAAGCUAUCCAAUGAGCUGUAUGGAGCUGACGAUGAGCGGUCUGCGUCUCCUGCCUCUGUCACCAGCUCUGUACCUCUAAAAGACUUGGACGAAUCUCAUCAUUCAUACGACUCCUCGGCGUCUAUUGAACAGGCAAUGGAGAAAACGAAUCUUGAAGUUUAA